AUGAGGUUCGAAAAUUUGCUGGGUCAGCAUGGAACAGCCGUGGCGAAGCGUCUUGGAUGGAAACAAGGAGAUGAAGAGGAAAGUUGGUCUAGGAAAGCUAUCGAUAGUUUGAUGAAAAAAUUGCAAAAGCAUAACAGUGAAGCUUUAACAAGCUUAGAGCUAGCUUUGCAAUGUCAAGGGCGUCAACGGACCGAUUGUGUUACUAUUCCACGUUCACUUGAUGGAAGAUUACAGAUAUCACAUCGCAAAGCACUGCCUCAUGUAAUAUAUUGUCGUGUAUAUCGUUGGCCAGAUUUACAAUCUCAUCAUGAAUUGAAAGCGAUCGAUGAUUGUCGUUACUGCUUUGAAUCAGGUCAAAAAGAUAUUUGCAUCAAUCCUUAUCACUAUGAAAGGGUUGAAAGUGCAGGUAUCCUACCACCAGUAUUAGUCCCGCGAUAUACCGAACCUCCUCCACAUAUCAUACCACGGUUAUCGCGCAUAUCCAGAUUACAGACAGGCUCAAUGGCUUCAUCAAUGCCACGGAACAUUGAUUUCACCCAUUAUAAUGAUACAGUAAUGAUAUCAAAACCGGACGAUGAAGUGGAUUUUAAUAUAGCUUUCCCAAAUAAUGUCAGAACAAUAGAAGUACCUUAUGAAGAAGGAAAGUUUUGGGCUACUAUCAGUUAUUUCGAACUUAAUACACGUGUUGGAGAACAAUAUAAAGUUUCAUCACCUACCGUCGAAAUUGAUGGUUUCACAGAUCCAACGUCCAAUCCUAGCAAAAUUUGUCUUGGGUUGUUAUCAAAUGUGAAUAGAAAUCAGCAAAUUGAGUCAACAAGGCGGCGUAUUGGAAGAGGUGUGAAGUUAACGUAUGUCCCAAAUCAAGGAACGCUUUUUGCUGAGUGUCAAAGCGAAAGUGCAAUAUUUAUUCAGUCACGCAACUGCAAUUACUUCCACAGUUUUCAUCCUACCACUGUGUGCAAAAUAACGAAUGGAAUCUCUUUAAAAAUUUUUGAUAUGUCGAAAUUUAGAGAGCUUCUCGCGGAGUCAACUCGUUGCUGUUCAUUUGAUGCAAUAUAUGAGUUAACUAAUAUGACGAUUAUACGUAUGUCGUUUGUAAAAGGUUGGGGUGCUGAAUAUCAAAGACAAGAUGUCACAUCUACUCCUUGCUGGAUAGAAAUACAUCUUCACGCUCCAUUGCAGUGGCUGGACAAAGUUCUUUCGCAGAUGGGUCCUCCAUCAAAUCCAAUUUCUUCAAUAUCUUGA